AUGGAGGAUGACACUGAACUUGUAGUUUGGAAUCCUUGCACAAGACAAAUCAGGAAUAUCAAACCGAUAAAUGUUAAUGAUAUGCACAAGAACUAUGCGUUCGGUUACAAGAACUAUGCGUUUGGUUACGGAAAAACUACAUCAUUUGAGUUGAGAAUCUAUGAGUUCAACUCAAAUUCACGGAGGACUGUUAAUGUCAUGGGACAUCGUUGGUUUCUAUACUCUCGUGGACACUUUGAGCGGCCACCAUAUAAUGAGAGCACCAUCAAAUCGGUCUAUCAUGUUCGUGAGUAUGAUGUCCAGAAGUUGAUGCAACUUGAAGAGCCGCUUGAUAUAUUUCUCUCACAUGAUUGGCCUGUUGGAAUUACUGAUUAUGGAGACUCUGAAGCACUUAUGCGGCAAAAACCAUACUUCCGUCAAGAGAUCGAGGAGAGAACUCUUGGAAGUAAACCAGCGGCUCUACUGCUGGAAAAACUGAAGCCUCGGUAUUGGUUUUCAGCUCACUUACACUGCAAAUUUGCUGCUGCUGUUCAACACGGGAACGAUGCCUCAGUGACAAAGUUUCUGGCCCUUGAUAAAUGCGUACCAGGGAAAAAGUUUUUACAGAUUAUUGAAAUCGAAUCAGAUCCUGGACCUUUUGAGAUCCUAUACGACGAAGAGUGGCUAGCAAUAACACGAAAGUUCAAUUCCAUUUUCCCGCUAACAAAGAGAUACCUAAACUUCAGCGCUGCUGGAAUGGAUAUACAAGAGAGCCGUGAAUGGGUGAGGAAGAAGUUAGAAGAAAGGCAUUUUAAACCUUUUGAGUUUGCAAGGACAGUCCCAUCACAACGUAUCUUUGAUCCCAUACCUGAGAUCCCACAGAAUCCCCAAACGCUGUCUUUGUUAGAGCUCCUUGGUCUCCCAUAUCUCCUUGAUUCAUCACCAGUAACAGGGGAAAGAACCGAUAUCCCUGCUUCACUGGCUCCAUCAGAUCUUCCGACAUAUGAUAGCGAAGAAAUCCCAAUUGAUGACAUUGAUGAAAUAGAAGAGAUGGAGAAAGCAAAAGAGGAUGAGACAUGAAUCUUCCAUUCCAGUGGUCAGAAUCCUGUUCUUUUGCUAAUAUCUGUCUGCUUAAUCGUCAACCUGGAUAACAAACACAUUAGUGGAGAUUUGUGAUUAGAAUAUCAGUUUUUUUUAUUUGCAUUAUUAAAGAAAAGUAAAUCAUAAAAAAUUGUAUCGAAGACAAACCAAUGUUCAUCCAUUAUUCAAGAAAGUAGGAUCACUUUUUCUUCCAGAA